CCUGUAGGCGGGUGAGCGAGUGCGGCGCGGUGGCGGUGGCCGGGUCGGCCGCGGUGCUCUAUGGGAUAGUGGUGGAUAGAGACCAUCCUCAGUUCGGAGCGCUAGGGCCAGGCAGGAGCGGGGCAUGAAGAUGGCGGACGCCAAACAGAAGCGGAACGAGCAGCUGAAGCGCUGGCUCGGCUCCGAGACGGACCUGGAGCCGCCCGUGGUCAAGCGCAAAAAGACCAAAGUGAAGUUCGAUGACGGCGCCGUCUUCCUAGCCGCCUGCUCCAGCGGGGACACGGACGAGGUGCUGCGGCUGCUGGAGCGGGGCGCCGACAUCAACUACGCCAAUGUGGACGGGCUCACCGCACUGCACCAGGCUUGCAUAGAUGAUAACGUAGAUAUGGUGAAAUUUCUGGUGGAAAAUGGAGCAAACAUUAAUCAACCAGAUAACGAAGGUUGGAUACCUCUACAUGCGGCUUCAUCCUGUGGAUAUCUUGAUAUAGCAGAAUAUUUAAUUAGCCAAGGAGCACAUGUAGGAGCUGUGAAUAGUGAAGGAGACACUCCAUUAGAUAUUGCUGAGGAAGAGGCAAUGGAAGAGCUGCUUCAAAAUGAAGUAAAUAGACAAGGGGUUGAUAUAGAGGCAGCUCGAAAAGAAGAAGAACGGAUAAUGCUUAGAGAUGCAAGACAAUGGCUUAACAGUGGCCGUAUAAAUGAUGUCAGGCAUGCAAAAUCUGGUGGUACAGCACUUCAUGUAGCGGCUGCUAAAGGGUAUACAGAAGUUUUAAAGCUUUUAAUACAGGCUGGCUAUGAUGUAAAUAUUAAAGAUUAUGAUGGCUGGACACCACUUCAUGCUGCUGCUCACUGGGGUAAAGAAGAAGCAUGUCGCAUUUUAGUGGAAAACCUGUGUGAUACGGAGACUGUCAACAAAGUGGGUCAGACAGCGUUUGAUGUAGCAGAUGAAGAUAUUCUAGGAUAUUUAGAAGAAUUACAAAAGAAGCAAAAUCUGCUUCAUAGUGAAAAACGGGAAAAGAAAUCUCCCUUAAUUGAAUCUACAGCCAACAUGGAUAAUAAUCAGUCACAAAAGCCAUUUAAAAAUAAAGAAACUUUGAUUAUUGAGCAAGAAAAGAAUGCAUCUAGUAUUGAGUCUCUGGAGCAAGAGAAAGCAGAUGAGGAAGAAGAGGGAAAGAAGGAUGAAUCCAGUUGCUCUAGUGAAGAGGAUGAGGAAGAGGACUCAGAAUCUGAAGCUGAAACAGACAAAACUAAACCUUUGGCAUCUGUAACUAAUAAUGCAAAUAACAUCAGUGCGCAACCAGCUUCUGUAGCUGUGACAGCAUCUUCCAUAACCACUGGUCAAGUGACACCUACAUCACCCAUUAAGAAGUUUCCAACUUCAACAACCAAGGUUUCUCCCAAAGAGGAAGAGAGAAAAGAUGAAUCUCCUGCCUCUUGGAGGUUAGGUCUUCGAAAGACUGGCAGCUAUGGGGCACUUGCAGAGAUUACAGCUUCCAAAGAAGCUCAGAAAGAAAAGGACUCUACAGGUGUUAUGCGUUCGGCUUCAAGUCCAAGACUCUCUUCUUCAUUAGACAACAAAGAAAAGGAAAAGGAUAAUAAAGGAACUAGACUUGCAUAUGUUGCACCUACAAUACCAAGACGACUGGCCAGUACAUCUGACGUUGAUGAGAAAGAAAACAGGGAUUCAUCUGCUAGCUCAAUACGUAGUAGUGGUUCUUACACAAGAAGAAAAUGGGAGGAAGAUGUCAAGAAAAACACCUUGAAUGAAGGACCUACAUCACUAAAUACAAGUUAUCAGAAAAGUGGCUCCUUUGGUAGAAGACAAGAUGACUUGAUUAGUUCUCAUGUUCCAAGUACUACGUCAGCACCAACAGUUACCUCUUCAGCUGGUCUUCAGAAAAGCCUGCUUUCCAGCACAAACACUACUACAAAGAUUACAACGGGUUCUACUUCAGCAGGUGUACAAAGCAGUACCUCAAAUCGUUUGUGGGCUGAGGAUAGUACUGAGAAAGAAAAGGACAAUGUUCCUACAGCAGUGACCGUUCCUGUUGCGCCAUCUGUUGUAAAUGCUACAGCUACUACCACAACCAUGACUACAACUACUUCUGGCACUGUGUCCUCAACGUCAGAGGUCAGGGAGAGACGGAGAUCAUACCUCACUCCUGUUCGGGAUGAAGAGUCUGAGUCCCAAAGAAAAGCUAGAUCCAGGCAAGCAAGACAGUCCAGAAGAUCCACACAGGGUGUGACACUGACUGAUCUUCAGGAAGCUGAAAAAACUAUAGGAAGAAGUCGUCCUACACGAACCAGAGAACAAGAGAAUGAAGAAAAGGAGGAGAAGGAAAAACAAGACAAAGAAAAACAGGAGGACAAGAAGGAAUCAGAAACAAAAGAAGAUGACUUUAGACAAAGAUAUUCCAGAACUCUUGAGGAGCCCUAUCAUCGCUAUAGGCCAGUUUCAACUCCAACUCCAACUACUUCAUCAUCCUCUUCGCUUUCCACCUCCACUAGUUCUCUUUCUACUUCAAGUCAAGUAAACAGACCAAACAGCCUUAUAGGUAUAACUUCUGUUUAUCCCAGGAGUGGAACAAAAGAAAAUGAGAGAGAAGGCCGGAAAAAAGAAGAAGAAAAGGAAGAAGAUAAAUCACAGUCAAAAUCAAUAAGAGACAGGCGGCGACCAAGAGAAAAACGAAGAUCUACAGGAGUUUCCUUUUGGACUCAAGAUAGUGAUGAAAAUGAACAGGAACACCAGUCUGAUUCAGAAGAAGGAACAAAUAAGAAAGAAACUCAGAGUGAUAGUCUUUCAAGAUAUGAUGCGGGAUCAAUCAGCACAUCAUCAGGCGACCGUUAUGAUUCGCUGCUGGGGCGGUCUGGGUCACAGAGUUACUUUGAAGAACGAAAACCAUAUUGUAGUAGGCUAGAAAAAGAAGAUGCAACUGACUUUAAAAAGCUUUAUGAACAGAUUCUAACUGAAAAUGAAAAGCUGAAAGCGCAGUUACAUGAUACCAACAUGGAGCUGACGGAUCUUAAACUACAGUUGGAAAAGGCCACUCAGAGACAAGAGAGAUUUGCUGACAGGUCACUCUUGGAAAUGGAAAAAAGGGAACGAAGAGCUCUGGAAAGACGGAUAUCUGAAAUGGAAGAGGAACUCAAAAUGCUACCAGACUUGAAGGCAGACAACCAGAGGCUAAAAGAUGAAAAUGGGGCCUUGAUCAGAGUUAUAAGCAAACUUUCCAAAUAAAAAGUUUACUACAGCAGCAAAAUGGUAUUGCACAUAUCUAGCAACUCCAGUGGACCAUGAUGUGGCAGUCACUGGAAGCUUGGGAAGAUUUUUUGGAGACUGUCAUUUUCAGAUAUCCUGCCAAAUGCCCUCUUACCUGUGUUCUUUUUAUCAGGAUCAUUGUUUCAUGUUAAAGUGCAGCUGCUGAGAAGAUAAAAUGACUGAGAAAUCUUGUUUACAGCUACAGCAUAUAAGGAAAGUGUUCAAGGCCAGAUAUGCCUCAGAUAUUUAACCAGUAAGCCUUAGUUGUACAUAAACACUUUUGCAUCAACAAAAGCUUUCAGCUCUCACAGAAGACAAUUACUCAUGUUGUGCCACAGUUCAUAGUUUUUCUAUACUCAGUUUUUUCUUUACAUCUAAGUUUGGAUUUGUGUUUUCCCUUUUAAUUAUUCUUGUACCAGUUUUUUUUUCUUGUACAGUGUUUUCACAGCUUUAUCAUUUGCAGAGACCACACAACCCUUUAAAAUACAUCUUUGUGUUGCUAACUAGAGUUGUAUUGUCCAGCCACCUGGAACAGAGAUGUUUGGUGGAACAUCUGCUUUCACUGUUUGUGCAAUAUGCAUUUAUCUCCUAUACAAGAUGCUUUAAAGUCAAUUGAAACUAGAAUUAUUUUACAAGUCCUGUUUUCUGCCUUUAUUGGUCACUUUAAAAAAAAAGUUUGUAGUGAAACAUGUUAGAUCCUGUAAUCUUCACAUUCAUUUUAGCAGGUACUGAGUGAUGCUGUAUAUAUAAAUGUGUACUGUUUUGAUUUUCAGACCACCACGUGGCAUGCUUGAAUAUCUUCCCUAUUGCAAAUGUCUGUUAAUGCAAAUUAGGCUACUCCAGAAUGGUGUAUUUAACAAAGUUCAUUAAUUUUUAUGGUAUAAUGAAUUUACACAUUGUACAUUCUACAGAGCCCUGUCUUGACAAAAGGUUUGAACUAUAAAAUACUUUUAUUACCUUGUUACUCCCAUUUUUUCAUUUGAUAGUGUUCACCAUAAUAAAAGUUGCAUAAAUAUAACUGCUUCACUACAUUUCACAUACCUGUAUUUAUCUGAGUGCUGUCCAAAACUGUUGUGCUAACCAAAGUAAAGUUACUAAAUCAUUUGCAAAACCUAACCCAUUACACUCACAAUGUUUAUAUGCACUGUUAUUGCCAUGUGAAAAGGCAUCUGAGUUGAUACCACCAUCAUGUUCAGACCAUUUUAUACAUUUCAGUGGCCUUUUUAAAAAAAAAAAAAAAGUACUUAAGUGAAGAUUGCUUUUGUUAGAAACAAACAGCUUUUAUAUUUUCACUAAACUAUACAAGAUGACAUCUUAUUGGCACAUAGACUAUUGCCUGAUACCACUGAACAGUUCAGCCAUUAAAAUCAAUUGUACAUUGUAAAGCUUGUAGUAGCUAUUGUAUUCUCGGUUAUUGUAUACUAUAUUAAAUGUGAAUUUGUACCCCUUCAUUUAAAAAGGUCAUUGUGUUCUACUGCCUACUUCUUGGGGAGGGGUUUUGUUUUAUUGGGGUGGGGAGGCUUUUUUGUGUGUGUUUUUUUGUUUUUGUUUUUUGUUUUGGUUUUGGUUUUUUGGUAAGGGGAACAUGUUCUUUCUGUUGAUUGGUUUUUUGAAGAUGUAAGGUUAUGCUCUUACUACCAAGCUCAGGAUUCUUGAUUUUAAAGGUACAAGGAUAGUUUUUGAGAUAGUUUGUUAUAAUUGAUCUGUAUGAGAGAUGGGUCUGAAUAUAGGGAACCAUCGUUGUCUUAUGCUAACAUAAAAGGCAGAGAAUUGAUCAGUUUGAAUGGAUGCAACAUGUUCAGUUCUGUUAUGAGACACUUAGGCAUAUUCUGGAUUAUAUUUGGUAAAGUUUGAGUGCCAGUGAAUGAGUAAAUACAUGUUUCUAAUAUUUUAGUGUUUUAUAUUUAGGUUAUUUAUUCUUUAUCUAAGAACCGAACGGCUACUGUGCUAUAUUGAUUUUAUUGGUAGUACUGAGCAGACCUUGUAUCUGCAUGAAACUAGUUGCAAAACCCACUCUUUUGGAAAAAAUGUAUUUUGACAUAUACAAAUAAAAUGAAUAAAAACUAUUUUAAAUGUGUGAAAGUUUUACUGAGAAUAUUUUAAACCAUGUUAUGAGUUUGGUAUUUAAAUUAUUCAGUGGGCAUUUUUUUUCAUUCAUUGCUUUACGUGGAUGCAAAGUUCAAGUGCUUUUCAAAGAUUGUAAUCAAAUUGUGAUUAUUUGCACAUCAUUGUACAUGCACAUAUGUAAAUGCACCAGUAAAAAUGCCAUAUUUAUGCAUUAUGUAACAACUUGGACAAAUGUUUAUAUAUUUUACAUAAACCUGUCUGUAUGCAGAACUUAA